AUGCGGGAAUGGGAGGAUCACCCGCAUCAAACUCCACCGUGCAGUUGUCAGCAGCUCCUUAAGCGAAGCAAGUUUGCUGCAGUCGACACGAUUGAUGGCCAUAUUGUUUCACCUGCUGCGUUGGUUGUUUUACCCGAGCCGCUUCAGACAGCGCUCCAGUUUUCAGCGUCUUCGCAGAUUUGGCCUUCACUUGAAUGGUUCGUCAAACAGUUCAAACAGAGCAUCAAGCAGUGGUCGGAUGACAACAAGAUGCCCUUUUUCCCAUUACAGUCGUGUGAUUCAUUUGUCAGGGCGCAUUGGCAACAGCAUUUGCAGGCAGCAAAGGGCUCAAUCACUUUUGAUGAUGUCCAGCAUCUCCGCAAAUUGUUUUCCAAUCUGGUGGUUUUUGGACAAGAUCACCAACCUGAUCAUGUUAUGAUAUUUUGCCCAAUGAGGUUUUGGAAGAUGGUCCAUGACACAUUCUUUGACCAGACUGUCUACACGGACACGAGCCUAACAGCUCAACAAGCACAUGACCGCGUUUGCUCCAACAUUCCUGCCAACCUCAAGCGCGAUCUACCUUGGGCGUGGCAGUACAAACAACCUUUGCCGUUUGCUUACGUGCUACCCAAACAGAAAAAAGCAUGGACUACUGCAAGGCCAAUUAUUGCAUAUAGCAAGUCGCCGAUUGGCAUUGGUUUGAAAGCAGCCGCGCUUGUUCUCGCCAGGGUUACCAAAUUGGUUUUUCCAGAUUCUUUCGAUGGCAAUUUGGUGUCCAUCUUUCAUGAUCUUCAUCGGUUUUUUCGCGGGGCCCCGGUUGAUCAGGCUCUGACCUUUGUGAACGACGAUUUGAUUGGCUUCUUCACGAGCAUACCGCAAGACAGAAUCCUUCAUUCCGUUCGCGAAGUUCUUCAGCGCUACAUGCAAGCAGUUCGGUGCGAUCAUACGCACACUUUUUCAGUGACGCUUCAUGAAGAGCAAUUUCCGGGCCAAGUGUUUAAAGGCAAAACCAGUGCAAAGCAGGUCAACAUUCAACAACUACUUCAGAUUGUUGAGUUGUCAUUCAAAGCAAACAUGUUCGUCGCCCUCGGCACAGUCUUCGCGCAGGUUAGAGGCUCCACUAUUGGCAACCAGGUCUCACCGAUUAUCAGCAGCAUAACGGUGAUGAUGCAAGAGCAUCAAUGGCAGCAAGAUUUUUCGGCUUUUCGCUCCAACAACAGGUGGUCAUUUUUUGCCCGGCGUUAUGUUGACAACAGAUUCAUCAUCUUUGCGCAAGAGCUUCGCCGUACCAGUGCUUUACGAGCAUUGUGUGACCUAGACUUUUAUCAAGCACCGGUGGAAAUCGAAGUGGUUCAUGACAACCAUUUUCUGGGAUUCAACGUCGAUGUGACUCACAGAAGUGUCCGCUUCAUGAUGCCGAAACACGCCUGGCAAUUUCGGCUACCAACGUCUGCGGGAUGUAAAUCCCACAUGCUCUCUAGCUUCCGCAGCCGAGCAUCUCUGAUCCUACAGCACACGCUUCCACUCGAACAUGUUGCAGAAGACAUUGAGCGCUUGUUUCACAUGUAUAUCAAGUUUGGCUAUAGUAGUCAACUCCUCAAACCUAUUUGUGAUCGCAUGCUCUCGAAGGUCAAACGGCCUGCAGAGUAG